AUGGAUCCAAACUCUAAACCUGUUCGUGAGCUUGAGCUGCUGCGUGAUUUGGUUGUGUCAUCUAUUGAUGUCGUCAAGGCGACAAUCACUGAGCAUCAGGAUCCUCCGCUUACUCUUGAUGCAAUUGAGGAACAUCCAAUCUAUCAGAGAGAGGAUCAGGAUGUUUCCUACGCAUUGAAGACUAUUGGAUCUGCUGGACAGAUGCUACGUGCUCUCUGCGAGCCGCAUAUCUACCUCAACGACUUCACAUACGGAUACCAUGAUCAGACCUCUCUUCUCGUUGCCUGUCAAGCCAAUAUACCGAACCAUCUUGAAAAAGGGCCUCUUAGCAUAAACGAGUUGGCCAAGCUGACCAAGCUGAACGGUGGAGUUUUAGCCCGUUUUCUUCGGAACUUGUGCAAUUCACAUAUCUUUCGGGAGAUUGAAGCAAACAAAUUCGCGAACAACAGUCUUUCAGUCAGAUACAAGUCUGAAACAUGGAAAGCUAUUGUGGGACACUGUGUCGAUGGCUGCCGUCCAGCCUCGUGUAAGGUCUGGGAUGCUAUGACUAAUCCGGAGUACAAAUAUUCUACGGAAACAACCAAGUCGCCGUUUAAUAUUGCCUACGAUACAUCGCUUGGCUAUUUUGAGUACACGAAAGCUGUGCGGCCUGAUAUGGCCGACAGGACUCAAAGGGCCAUGGGGGGCAAGGCCUUCAAUAUUGAAGAAUACCUAAUCUAUCCGUGGUCCCAGCAUAAGAACGCACAUAUCGUGGAUGUUGGUGGCGCCAUCGGAGCGGCCACUCUACCCAUCCUGCGGGCAUUUCCAAGUCUAAGUUUGACCGUACAGGACCAACCUGCAUCUAAGCCGCUUUUUGAAAAGUAUCUCACGGGAAACUUUUCGGAUGUGGUUGAUGUAUCAAACGCACGCUUUGUCUCUCUGGACUUCUUCAAAGAGUCUCCAGUCGAAGGAGCCGAGAUUUACUUCUUGAGGCAUGUCAUCCACGACUGGCCUGAUGAUGAAGCAAUUCGAAUUCUGAAGGGUUGUGCUUCUGCUAUGAUGAAAGGAAGUAAGUUACUGAUCUGCGAGCACAUGGUAUGUCCCACGUACCACACGGCUGCGGGCACAGAGUCGGGAAAAAUCAGUCAAGUGGCCCCUGAUCCACUUCUACCGAAUUGGGGCGAUGCACCUACUAGCCGUCUAGAUUUGCAAGUUUACACGUUCCUCAAUGCCAAACAGCGUACCCGUGUUGAGUACGAGCUUCUCGCGGAACAGGCGGGGCUGGAGCUUGUACAAGUGUGGCGCAAUCUCGGCGACCUCUCGAUCGUUGAGUGUCAAUUGCGGAGAGAAUAG